UUUACCGAAAGAACAAAGAAUAUGAAUCCCUGCAGUCACGAAAGCUUUAAGUAAAAAUAUCUCAAGACCUGUUUUGUUACCAACAAUGAUGGCAGAGCUGGGCGACGAGGCAUUUUGGAGGCCGUUCCUGGGGGAGAGCGACGCCGCAGGGCAGGACGCGUUCCUCUACGUGACUGCGGGCGACGUGCGAGCCUUGCGCGACGAGCUCCCAUCAGGACUCUGCACGCUCAUUCACAAGGCAAACUGCAAUUAAGCAGCCAUCAGCAUCGUCGUCGGCGGUGAACAGUUUUGAGUUUCAGUUUUUUUUGCAGUUUCAUUUAUUUUGGUGUAGCCCUGAGCCAUUCGGCUCUUGAAUCGUGUGCAGAGAUUAUUCUUUGUUGUGUUAGGAAAUAAAUUAUAUUUUCAUUUGAUAUGUGCUUCAAUUGUGGAUGUUGCUGCAAUGACACUAUGCAAGUCAGUGGCCAACUCUUGUGGGUGAUCACUUAAAAAAAAUAACGAGUUGCCCCUGGUAAAGGUGCUAUUUACAUGCUAACUGAGGCCCAUGUCAGCCUUUCAGACCGCUCCAUCUUGGUGGAGUCAAUUUAAAUCAGGCAUUUUCUUCCAACAUGAGUAACACCCAUUCUGUUAUCAUUCUACAAAGAUUAACCCUUGGAUUUGUGUGGAACCAGGCUGUGGAGAAACUGAGAGUGGCUGCAGAGUCUGGCUGCGCAGACGAUCAGGAACCAGUGGUGGUGUUGACCUGCAUCCGCCUGCUGACAAGGCUCCUGCCGUUUGUGUUCGAGGAUGCACAGUGGAAGGAUUUCUUCUGGGCCCAUGCACCUACUCACCACAACGUAAAUGUGGAGGAAGAUACGAGCAAAGUCACGCCCCCAUUGGCUGAGACGCUGCUGCUUGCAAUCGCUGAGCUGCUCUUCUGUCCGGGCUUCACUGUGGCACCGCACAGGCAGCCUGGCCCCGACACACCAGAGGAUACUUGGCCACUUGACAGCUGUGAGUUCAUCUGGGAGGCAGGGGUGGGAGUCAAUAUCUCUCCACCACAGAGCUAUGUGCACGACACUAACAGGUUGGAAAUAUUAAAGCUGCUUUUGACCUGCUUCUCUGAGGUGAUAUACCAAUCUGAAAAUGACCCACGGAGCUGCAAUUCCUGGGUGAAAUUGUUCUGCUCAAAGGAGAACAGGCAGGUGUUUGGUCAUUUGAGGAGUGAUCAUAGUAAAUAUAAUUUGUAGUCAGGUAAAUAACUCAAGUUCCUUAAGAGUUGAUUAGGUUACCGUGUGAUAAUUGAGCUUAUUUAGCUGCUGUAUCAUUAAUUUAGUUAACAUUUUGCUUUUGUGCGUAUUCCUCCCAUGUCUUACCAGAUUUGUUUCUCCAGAAUUAAUCAAAUCCCAAUACAUGUUCUUUUCUUUCUUGAGUAAGAAAUUCAGCUCCACUGUUUCCUUUUCUACGUUCAUGCGUUCACAGGCACACUCUGGCCUUGUUCACGUCUCUCUUGAAUGUGGUGUUUGCCUACGACCCUGUGGGCUACGGGGUGCCGUACAAUUACCUGCUGGUGCGCGAUCACCGUGAGCCACUCGUUGAGGUGGCCUGCCAGGUGCUGAUUGCCGCAUUGGACGGGGAACAUUCCCUUCCUGGCUCUCCCUUCUUUGGCUUCUCCAUCGGUGACAUCGAGAACCCACAGCAGUCACGGACACAAAAGCAUUUGAACUGCAGCAAUCUCUUUGUGACUUACCUCUCCAAGAUUCAUAAUGAUGAGGACUUUGAAUUCAUUCUGAGUGGCCUGGUCCGUCUGCUCAACAACCCUCUGCAGCAGACCUACCUGCCAUACUCCACGAAACGCAUACACUUCCAUCAGGAGCUGCUCGUGUUAUUCUGGAUCCUUUGUCAACAAAAUAAGGCAAGAACCUGCUAAUUUCAAUAAAGUCAGUAAAAGAUUGAAGUGAAGGCAUUUGUCUAUUUAAGUUCCCUCGUAGCACUGAAAGGUUUGUUUGAUGUUUACACCAAUUAACUCUCAUGGCAAAAUAGUUACAAGAAAGUGUGCAUUUGAGUGCAACUAAAUAAAUAUGUUCCUACCUGUUUUAUUUUAACAAUACUAAACCGCAUUUUAUUUUUCAACGUAAUAAUGUGCUUAAAACUUGGAACAAAUGCUGAAAAGUCAACCUCUUCAUUAUUACACUACUUUGUGAUUUGGACGAUAAAAUGAAAUAACAUUUAACAGAUGUAUUGAUAUGUUUUACAUGUAAUCAAAUUAAAACAUUCUUUUGAUUUUGUUCUUGUUGUAGAAUUUCUUGUCCUUUGUUUUGAAGACAAAUAACAUGCUGGGAAUUGUUGUUCCCAUCCUUUAUUACCUGAAUGAUGCAAGAGAUGAUGAUGCUCAAAUGGGGCUACUCUCCAUCGGCGUGUUUAUUCUCCUUAUACUGAGCGGAGAAAGGAACUUUGGGAUUCAUCUCAACAAUUCUUUGUCCAUCCGUGUGCCCUUGGGCAUCCGGGUGUUCAACGGUACACACGCCGACCUCCUCAUCAUUGUGUUUCACCAAAUGAUUACAAGAAGCCAACAGAAGUUGCAGAAUCUGUUUGACUGUCUCAUGACCAUUGUUGCUAAUGUGUCCCCCUUUCUGAAAAGCAUGUCCAUGGUCUCUGCCACCAAACUUGUGCAGUUGCUGGAGAUUUUCUCUUCACCACAUUUCCUUUUCGCUUCACCACACAACCCCAAGCUUCUUCUCUUGCUCCUGGAGGUUUUCAACAAUGUCAUACAAUACCAGUUUAAUGGCAAUUGCCACCUGGUGUAUGCAAUGCUGUGCAAGAGGUCCGUUUUCAACCGCCUCGCCAACCUACCUGUGGACAAAGACUUCAUUGAGAAUACCACGAGGAAGACUGAGGCUCCUCAUGGGGACAAACAGCCAUCUAUGAGCGUGACUGAUUCUCCAGAGGCACUGCAACCCAUCUUUCACGGACAACUUGGGACAAGGCUCAGAACGGUUCAAGAUGCAAGAUCAGAGAGCAGUGGCCCAGGUGAUGGGGCUGCAGAGGAGAGCAAAUUUUGUGGGACACCCGACUGCCUCGAGAGCACAUCCUGGAAACCCACGCCCAAGUGGGUGUGUUCGUGGAAAUCCAAAUUGCCUCUGAACACGAUAAUGAAGUUGCUGCAUGUGUUGGUCCCUCAAGUGAAAAUGCUGUGCCUUAAGAGGGGGCUGGAGGAUGAAACAGAGAUUCUUCGUUACCUGAGGCAGGGAAGCAUGGUAGGGCUGCUGCCCGUGCCUCACCGCAUCAUAACCCAUCGGUGUCAGCCCAACAAGGACACCGCUCAUUGGUUCAGCACCUACUUCUGGAGUGUCAUCUGUAACAGGAACAUAGACCCACCCAUCUGGCUUGACUCGAAGAUAAAGAUGUUCAAGGAGAACGUGUGAAGGCGACACCGAGCAGCCCUCUCCUAGUCGAUUGGGGAUCUAGCUCACUGCUUGGAUGUCUCAGUGUGAACUUACAAUUUGUGCCUGUGGCAGAUGAUUGAUUGCAUUGUUUCAAAAUAGGUUUAGUUGAUAUUUAUCGCGCUGGGCAUAUGAGCACAGAAUAAAACUUGGAUGUUUUUAAAAAUUAAAUUUAAGUCUUGGUCGUUGCACUUUCAGACACCGACUGUAUUUUUCCCAUUUAUUGAUAAGUAUAUGGUCGGUAAUACACUCUUAGACAAAGUGAAAUGUCUGUUGGUAACCUGGAACAACUGUAUUGUAUUACCAUAAUAAGUAGAGAGGUUGGUACAUUAAUGUGCAAGGAUUUCACUUGUGUUCUCUUCCAAAUACAAUUGCAAAAUUAUUUUUUUCCAGCCGCCCACCUUGAUUGCGCUGCUAAUGUAAACUACCGUAUUCUCAUUAUUUGUGCACAGAAUGUGUUCAACACCACUUCAUCAUCAUCAUCAUCGGCUAUGGUGAAUCUAUUCCUGGAUAAAUGCCUCAAGCAAAGGCCUCACUAACCUACCACACCACUUAUAGGAAAUUAUUUAACGAAAGUAACUUGCCCUUUUCUAUUGUGCAGCCUUCCCCAUUCCACCAAACAGUUCCGUUAUCAGCAGCACUCAUAACAAAUCAGCACCAAAACGAUUACAAUGCCAACGCAAGCUAGGACUAAUUGGUGCACUUCAGGAAAUAAUUUAAGAAAUCGUCAAACUCUAUGAAUGUAGGUUUUCAUAUUCAAUUUGAUAUACGUAUAGUUAAAGCCAGAAUUGGUAAAUCUUAACAUUGCAUCAGCGCUUUAAUGAUGCAGUAUCAGCAUAAAACCAUGCAUCUGCAGUUUUUACCAUUUAGAAAUAUACCAGCAAAAUUGCAUUAACGGUUCAAAUUUAUAUUUCAAAAUGUGUUGGCUUUUGCUUUGCACGUGUUUGUCAAGGUUGUAUUUUCAGGUAGAAAGGUAAAUGGAGCAGUAUAUCAUAGACACAAAGUGGCAUAUUUUUAAUCGGCCAUUUCACUCAGAUGUUUUUGUUGUUAGCCAAAUUAUAGCUAACCCCAUUUGAUUUAAACCGGUUGUGGAAUUCAAAUAUCUUAAGCUGAAAGAUGUGGCUUUCAAAUUUGUUUAUAGAAAAUUUUAUUUUCAUCCAUAAUUCUGAAAUACAGCACAAUUUAGUGUUAUGGUACUAACAUAAAACAUAAACUGUUACAGAAACAAUAACAUAACAUUGGCCACAUCCUAUAUAUUGUGCCGUUCACGUUUGUACCCUCAUUAAUUCUGUAGCAAGAUUUGCUGGUUCCCCGCUUUGUGAAUAAACUUAUAAUU